AUGGCGAACCGCAGCACCGUGCGGCUGCUGAAGCCCACGAGCAGCACGCAGAGCAUGUCGAGCGCGCUGUCGCUGCAGCCGGCGCCGCUCACGAGCGCCACGCUCUCCCGCGCCGUGGAGGAGGACCUCGAGUCGCAGGCGCGCACGUCGCUGAGCCUCUUCGGCUUCGGCGCCGUGGACUCGGUCAACUGGAGCCCCGUGAGCGCCAGCGCGGCGGCCGCAGCCGUGUCCACCACGGACAACCCGGGUACGGGCGGCGCCAUCAAGGUGCGCGUCAUGGAGCGCGUGUGCCCCAUCGGCACCAACACGUUCCUCUGGAACACGAUGAACUCGCUCAACGACAGCUCCGAGUGGGACGCCGCGUCGUCAGCGGCCGGGCUGGGCAACGUGUUCGCCUCCAAGGUGCUCCAGCAGUAUCUCGUCAAGUGCGUAGCGCUGCUGCCGUCCUCCAUCGAAGAGGUCGUGGAUCUGCUCGUGCGCUCGGACAGAGAGGACAUGGAACUCCCCAUGCAGCACCUCGUGGGGGUGCGCACCACCUCGUCAGCGUUCGUCUACCGCCGCAAGAAGAAGCGUCUGCGCCGCAGCAACAACAAUACCAACAUCAAUAACAAUGGUGAGGCGAUUCCGCAGCGAAUGGCGUCCCAGGCGUCGACACUUGACUGCGACAGCGAGUCGUCGUACUCGGACUCGGACCUGGAGAGCGAAGAGGAUGUACAGCCCUUCACAGGGAUCAGUCGGGAGUCCUCGACCGGACGCGCGCGAGGCACCCGCGGCGACUCACUUGAAGUCGAUCGACUAACAGGCAACGCGACUCCGACGGCACGGGCAACGAAUACGGGGCCGUACUUGUCCCCCACGUACAUGGAGGACUACCGCGCAGCAAUGGCAGCUUCGGGCCACCAGGGCAAUCUCAGCAUCAAGUGGGUUGUUGGCGAGAAGUCGAGCCGCAUGUUUGCUUCGCGGACUACCUACUGUCUGCUGGAUUACGAGUGCAUUUUGGUGAACGACUGGGACGAGAACGCGGACUCGUCGCCGAUGUACGUGCGCACGCUGCAGUCUUGCUACAGCCCGCACUGUCAGUCGUGGCUGGACGAGGUCGGCUCCAAGCCCACGGACCUUCAGCCAACAGGAUUCAUGGUUCGUCAACCACGCGGGCGCGACGGCUACGUCGAGGUGCAGUUCGUGGCGUCGAUUCUGGAGAAAGCGCAGCUGCCCAUGGCAUCUCGACGAGCGAAGCUACGAGCGCUGUGCGCCAAGAUCGCACGUCUGGAAGAGGUUCUCACCAGUCGACGUCUAUCGCAGUCACUGCUCGUGAAUGCGCCGCACUGGGUGCACAAUCGCGAGCGUCUGGGGUGCCGUAUAUGCGAUGCGAAGUUCGGGUUAUCGCGUCGCCGUCACCACUGUCGUUUGUGUGGAGAAAUUUGCUGUUCCGAGUGCUGUCCCAAAAUGGAUGUCGCUCUACCGGACGUGGGUUCUACCAGCGUGCGCGUGUGCAUCGGGUGCGUGCAAAAGCGCCGCAAGAGCUGCGAAUCGAAGAUGAAGAGCGGCUCAAUGAGCUAA